GGUCUGUUCAGAUGGAGUAUGUGAGUUGAACAAUAAAGAAGUGAAAAGCAGAAACAGUCACGUAAACACAUUUUAACGUCACCUCUAAAUCCAUCGUGUUCAUGUCGGUGGUGGAACAAAUGUAUCGGUACUGUGUUUCCGCACGGAUAUUUCUAUCCACGCUGCACCGGCUCUGCACAUGUGUAAACAAGGAGCGGUGUGACUUUUAGAGCCAAGUGAAGCUUUCACAGCUGACGGGCUGGUGACAGCAGUUUGUCGUAGUUUAUAUAAGGUCUAUAAACAACAUAACAAUCCGUCAAACCUAUAUUUUGAUCCAAAAUGGCGUCCUCUGGAGCACAGUGUGAGAGCGACGAUGACAUGGACGAGUUCAUGGACAAAUUCAAGACCCAGAGAUAUAAAAAUGCUUUACCUGAAGACAGCUGGGAAGAGGAGUUUAAUAAAAUCCCUAUGUUCAUGAAAACAGCCCCUGAAGAGAUUGACCCCAAAAAAUACCCAGAACUAGCCUGUCUCCAGGCCAUCAUCCACGACGAAGACAGACCCCCAGGAGAGCAGGCAAAGAGCCUGAAAGAUGAAGGAAACGUGUAUUUCAAGGAGAAGAACUACCAAAAGGCCAUACUGUCCUACACCGCAGGUCUGAAGAAAAAGUGCGGGGACCAGGAGCUCGACACUGUUCUCCUCACCAACCGGGCUGCAGCACACUUCUACCUGGGUAAUAUGCGCUCUGCAUUGAAUGAUGCUGCAGCUGCAAAGAAAAUCAAACCAGACCACCUUAAAGCCUUGAUCAGAGGUGCUCAGUGUUGUAUAGAGCUGCGCAUCUUUGCAGAGGCCGUGCAGUGGUGUGACGAGGGGCUAAAGGCCCAUCCCACUGACAAGAAGCUGCUGGAGCUGAGAGCAGCAGCAGAUAAACACAAGAGAGCAGCAGAGAGAGACGCCAGGAAGGCCAAAGCCAAAGAAAAAAAGCUGCAUGGUCAGAAAGAAACAGUUCUGGCUGCUAUACAGGAUCGAGGCAUCAAGUUCCUCCAGUCUGUGAAGCCUCCUCGGCGUGGUUCAGACAGCGAGGAUGAGGAUAAAGGCUCCUCAGCAGCGAUAUCACAGCUGAGCCUGGAUGGCCUCAGCUCUCAGGAGGUCACGGGGGCUCAGGUUUUCCUGGACGAGCAGGCCUCCCUGCACUGGCCUGUUCUCUUCCUCUAUCCUGAACAUCAGCAGAGUGAUUUCAUCUCUGCUUUCUGUGAAAACACCUGUUUCUUGGAUCACCUGGCGGUCAUGUUUGGAGAAGAACUUCCACCUUGGGACACAGACAGAAAAUACCACCCACAAAAUUUGCAGCUGUACUUUGAAGAUGAGCAGAAGGACAGACUCUACCAAGUCAACCCAGAGACGUCACUUUUAAAAGUGUUGCAGCAUAAAAGGUUUUUUGUCAAGGCAGGCACACCCAGUUUCAUCGUUCUGGUUAACGGUUCUUCAUUCUGCAAGAAGUUUAUCACAGGGAAGAAAAUACAAGGAUUGUGAAAACACUGGCCUUCAAAACAUGAACUCUUAAUGCACACAACAGUCUGACUGGUCUAGAAAAGCACCUGCUGUUUCAACACCAUAUAUCAAUAUAAAUGAGAUCUCUAAAAAUAAUCCACGUGGAUUCUGUUUCUGUCUGUACAAAUAUGAACUGCAGAUUAUAAAUGGUUUAAAGGUGUUUUAUUCAAGUGCUGAAUUGGACAAAAUGAUAAUAGGUAUAAACAAAUGAUAUGAGUGCUUGUAAGUAAACAUGAAAAAAAGUAAACAAAGUCUUCUGACUUUAUUCUUUGACAAAGACUUGAGUCCCUUCCUAAACAUGCCAGUAUGUUCCUGAACCCUGAAUGUUAGUCAACAGUUCAGCUUUAUUAUAUAUUAAAGAAAAUAUAAGAUGCGAGACAUACUGUGCUAACGUUUGUCCAAUUAGGUUUGUCAAUGCAGAUGUUGGUGCAACUAAAAUAACUUCUGCUUCUCUAUAAUGAUGAUGUGCAACAGUAAGACAAUAGACAGCUCAGCCAGGUAUGACCUCCCUAAAGCUUUUUUUUUUUUUGUAAUUUGAUUAAUUACUAAGGUCCUCUUGCCAAGUAAGGCCUACGUCACCCUCAGCCUUUCCUGUAAAUCAGUGAGAGAGCGAGUGAUUUAAGAGAAUUUGUUUCUCUGUGAAUAUAAAAACCAGACUGGCCGUUUGAGUCAU